UAUAAGAAUCAGGAUGGUAUGAUAACGAAGGAGGAGCUAGGGGCGGUCCUUUACGCCCUAGGGCAGAGACCGACUGUCUCGGAGGUGCAGGCGUUUAUACACUCGGUAGAUUUAGAUAAGUCAGGUACUAUAGACUUUGAUGAGUUUGUGAAGAUUUUCUCUACGAAACUCUCAAUUGACCCAGAAAAGGAACUUCACGAGGUGUUCUGCAUAUUUGAUGAAAACGGGGAUGGAUUUAUUUCCUCAGAUGAAUUAUACUCCAUGUUGCAUAAACUCGGUGAACAUAUUACAAAGCAUGAAGCUCAAAAGAUGAUCAACGAGGCUGACCUAAACAGGGAUGGCAAAGUGGACUACAGAGAAUUCAAAGCCAUACUGAACGCAAGAUAGCGGUCAGGAAGCCCCAGUCAUCAAUUAUAUCUUUGAUGGAUGAUUGUUUGUGGUGAAGCUUAGAAAGAAAUGUAUAUAUGUACUAGCGCCUCGUAAUAAAACGCGUGAAAACUGCAUACAGUUUUUUACCAUUUACUGUCGACUUUUAUCGCCAGUGUAUUGCAAUCAUAAGUAGUCAUAUUUUGUUUCUGUCAUAUCUUUUGAAUCUUGAGGACAACUGUUUUUGUUUCAAUACUGGAAAAUAAGAUGUAAAUAUUCUUUAGAAUAACUGACUUAUAUACCAUUGUAUGGACUGUAUGUCCAUCUUCCAUUAGUAAUAUCAGAAGAAGCAUGACAGAAACCAGACAGAGUCCGGAGUAAAUAUUGGACAACUUUAACUUCUCCGGAUUUAUUCGAAGGAUGACAGAUAUGUGAUGCUUAUCAUUAGGGAUUUCACGGAAUUUAUGCCACUUUGCCUAAUAUCAAUGUGUACAAAUUAUAUUUCUAUGUUCUUGUAUCUGACUGCUGUCGUUUUGAAUACAGAAGUCACUGACCAGUGUGUUACAAUGGCUGACAAAGGAGCUUCGAAUACGAGAGAAUAAGGUCCUGAAUAACAAUACGCUCAGAACUAAGAUUGACAACAUUUUGAAUGCAUAAAUACGAGCUCUGCUGUAUCGUAUGACACUGUACAUAGGUGGUAAAGAACUGGUGUAGACAAAUACAACAAGCUGUACGACCAAUGUCAGUAGUAACAUGGUCACACUAACAUCCAAAGAUAACAUAAAAGUCAAUGAUCAUAAUUCCUACAAGACGCAAGAUAUGUCCCGAAUAUUUCAUUAUCAAGCUUCUUUUGAGGGACAUCUUUUGACAGUGUUUCCGCGGUAUACCCAGAUCAGCCUAUGAUAAUUCGCAAUACUUUCAAAGGUUGAAGUAAUCGCCUUAAAUUAAGAAAAUUUGACAUCAAUAACCAUUACAUUUCUAAUACUAGUACUGGCGUUUAUAUGAUAAUGCUUUAACCUUUGAUGUGUAGAAAAUAUGAGAAAUGUCUAAUGUUUAUGAUAUGAGUUGCUUAUGUAUAUAUAAAUGUCUAAUGUGUUGCUUCCAGGAUCGUAUGAUACAUCUCAAAGUCUAUAUGUUACAUCUAUGUAGCACUGUUGUGAAAACUUAUAAAUCUUACAUGCAAA